GCCUCACAGAUAAUUCAAAAUGACUUUAAAAAGAGAUUUUAUCUUCCUGUCCUUUCCUUAACCCUUGAAAAGGAGUCGAUUCCGAAGAUGAAAGUUCUCAUAAUUGGCGCAGGCACAACGGGCCUUCUCAUCGCUCAAGGACUCAAGAAGAAUGGAAUCCCAUUUGAACUUUUCGAGCGAGAAGAGUCUUAUGAAUCGACGAAACGAUCCAGAGAUUGGGGGAUGGUGUUGCAUUGGGGUGUCGACCACUUCAACACGUUGCUGCCAGACGACUUAUUGAAGAGGUUACCACGGAUUCAGUGCGAUCCUUACUAUGAGGGUGAACAUGGACCUGUACCUGACAUCAGGUUUCUAAACGCCAAGACGGGUGACCUCCUUUCUACUGUUGCGACGAAAGGAAUGAGACGAGUCAGCCGACGGAAGACUCGAGUAUUUUUCAGUGAAGGUCUUGAAAUUCAGUACGGGAGGAAGAUCACCGGGGUCUCAACUGCUUCGGACUCCGUAACGGCAAGCUUCGCUGAUGGCACCACUGCCACAGGAACUCAUCUGAUUGGAGUUGAUGGUGCAAAGUCAUUCUUGCGAACCUUUCUCCUGGGACCCGAAAAAGCAGCGCUCACGCCUCUAGACAUCUUGCUUCUGAACUUCAAAACAAGCUUUACCGCUGAGCAGGCUCGCUUCCUGAAAGAAAACCCAGCCUUUCAUCCCAUCAUGAAUUUUGGCAUUAAUCCCGACCCCAAGACAUUCUUCUUACUCUCCAAUUUGGAUGUUCCGGACAGGAACGAUGCCUCAACGUGGAUGUGGCAAUUCACGUACAGCUUUCCCACUCAGAACGCUGACGAAGUGAUCGCCAUGACGCAUGGGCAGAGAUUGGACAUGCUGAGAGAAGGAUCAGAGAAGUGGAUCGAUCCUUGGAAGAGUGCCUUGAAAUGGUUGAAAGAUGGAACCGAAAUUCCAGCUGAUAAAGUGAACCUUUGGAAAAACAUAACGGGUUGGGACAACCAUGGAGGACGAGUGACUCUGGCUGGAGAUGCAGCUCAUGCCAUGCCACCUUAUCGUGGACAGGGUGUCAACAAUUCGAUACAGGAUGCAGCAAAUUACGUCGUGGCCAUGAAGAGGAUCAUAGAUGGAGAAGAUACAAAGCAGAUUGUCGACGCUUAUGAUUCUGAGAUGCUUGCACGUGGAUCAAGGGAGAUCGAAAUUUCGAUGCCCGCUGCAAUAGCCACCCACAGUAUUGAGCUGUUUGGUGAUGGGCCUCUAGCUAAGAUAGGCGUGAAGCAGAAAGAAUUCACCCCAAAGGCUGAGGAGAGCAGAUUGUAGAAUAACUUGAGAAGGCUGGGGAGAUUAUGUUUUGAAGACUUCGAGCGGGGUGUACAACUAUUUCUAGAUUAUUGAAUCUCGAAUCCGAGAGGGAUAAUUUUGCGCGGUCCAAUUUGAUGAAGGCGAACCCCG